AUGCAAACUGGAAGUGGAGCGAAAAACCCGCCGUGGGCUCGCUCAAAUGUAAACUCAAAUAUAACCGGCAUUAAUCCACAAAUAAUGGAUCCAAAUGCCAUGAUGUCACAACAAAGUAUAAUGCCUUUUCAGCAAACUGCAGCCGUUUUUAAUCCAGGUAUGAUGCAAACACAAAGCGGUAUGGCUAUGUCAAUGGGUGGACAAAUGCCUCUUAAUCAGAUGGCGCAAGGCCAGAUGUACCCAGGAAAUGUUGUAGCGUAUCCUACACCGCGUGCUAUGAAUCCAAAUAUGUACCAAAAUACUGCAAAUCAAGCACCCCAAGGAAAUGAACAGCGGGUUUUUACCGGCACUGUCACAAAGACACAUAAUGAUUUUGGCUUUGUUGAUCAUGACGUUUUCUACCAAAUCUCUGUAUGUGCUAAAGGCGUUAUUCCUAAAGUUAAUGAUAGAGUCCUAGUUGAAGCAACAUACAACCCUAAUAUGCCAUUUAAAUGGAAUGCGACUAGGGUGCAGGUGCUACCCAAAAACAAUCCAAAUCAAAAGGGGGGGAAUUCAAAACCUAAUAAUUAUGCUGCUGUACCACCUCCAAAUAAGAAACCUAUGAUGAUUCGGAGAAAUGAUGAUCGUCGAGAUGAUCGCUCCUCAAGGAGGGAUGAUAGGAAACGCUCCCGGUCAAGAAGUCGUUCACGCUCGCGUGAUCGCCGCGACAGUCGCAACCGUCGUGAUUCACCCCCUCGAAAACGUCCGAUUGUACACCAGCCAUCUCCUGUCAAGUAUAUGGUCAGAGUACCAAAGAUGCCCCUUGAUAUACAAAAAAUGGAUGUUCCCGCAAUAAGUCAAAGAUAUAGUAAUCUCUACAUACCCUCUGACUUCUUCAAUGCACACGUAAAAUGGGGAGAAACUUUCCCUCCACAAUCACCAUUUUCUCUUAAUAGCUCCUGUCAAUAUCAUAUUCUGGACAAGACAGUCUCAACACCUAACCUGAAUGAUGCAGUUCUUGAACCACCAGAUGCAGAUUAUCGCUUUUCAGCAAAGGUAAUGCUUAUUAGUAUGCCAACAUUGGAGUCACUCUAUCAGAAAUGUGGGCUAACCAAAGUAGACGAAAAAGACAAACGCAGUAGUAAAUCACCAUUACAUCCUACUAGAUUGAUUAAGUUUCUUGUGGGUCAAAAAGGCAAGGGUACUGAAAAUUUUGCUAUCGGUGGACCUUGGAGUCCAUCUCUAGAUGGAGAAAAGCCUGAAUCAGAUCCUGGAGUAUUAGUUAAAACUGCAAUUCGAACAUGUAAAGCACUCACUGGCAUUGAUCUAUCUGAAUGCACCCAAUGGUACCGAAUGGUGGAGUUUUACUACUGGCGCGAGAGCGGUGGGAAAUCGCGGCUUGAGUGUGUGGUGUUGUUCCUGCCCGACGUGUGGGCCGUGCAGUUGGCGGGGGCCGAGUGGGCCGGCCUCGGGGAGCGCUAUAAGGCCGCGGAAGACGCAGCCCUCAGGGCUCUGUGCCCCGACGCCAUCCAGUCUACUACGGCAGAGGACAUCCCGGAGAGAUCACAAAUUGAAAACCAAGAUCUGGAUAGCACGAUAACUAUUGAUGAGAAUGAUGACGAUGAGGCUAAGCUUGAACCAACUCACUAUUCAAAAAUUGAUCUAAGGACCAUUAAAGUUGACGCUUUGAGACAUGAGUUAAGAGCGCGUGGUGUUAGCUGUAAAGGCAUACGAUCUCAACUUAUUUCGCGUCUUUCAAAACUAAUAAAAGGAGAACAAGAUAAGGACACAAAAGCAGAAGAGAUAAUGGAAGUAGAAGAUGAUGAUGAACAAGAAAAAACUUCGGACAAGGACGUAAAAGAAACCAAACCGGAAGCCUCUAAGGAUGAGGAAGUGAAAGAAAUUGAAGCUGAAGAAAAGAAAGAAGAGAAAACAGAUAAACCAGACAAAAAGGAAGAGGAGAAGAAAGACGAUAAAGAUACGAAAGACGUAAAAGAUGACAAAGAAAAGAAAGAUGACAAAGUGAAGAAAGAAAAGCCGAAAACAGAGAAGGAAAUUGAGGAAGAUAAGAAAAAGCAAGAAAAAGAAAAGCAAAUGAUUAAAUCCCGCUACGAACUCCCAACCACACCUCACAUUAUUGUCCAUCCGUCUGCGACGGCAAAAGGUGGCAAGUUUGGGUGCAGUGUUGCCACACUAUCUCUACUUUUGGAUUACCGGGUCACAGAUAAUAAGGAACAUAGCUUUGAGCUGUUCGUGUUCGCGGAACUCUUCAAUGAAAUGUUAAUGCGAGACUUUGGGUUCUACAUCUACAAGACACUUUAUACUCUACCCGAGAAAGCGGAGGAAAUUAAAGACGAGAAAAAAGACGACAAGAAAGAAGAAAAGAAAGAUGAAAAGGAAGAUGUCAAGAAAGAAGACGAAGAUAAAAAGAAAGAAGACAAGGAUAAAGAAGAUAAAGACAAAAAGGACGACAAACGUGAUUCUCGCCGGCGUGAUCGACGGGACUCGCAUAGCGACGACGAGCGCAGCAAAUCGCCGCGCAGACGUAGUCGUGGUGUAGACUUGCCAGCUGACCCUUACCUUCUAUUAUCCCUGGUCUACUUUGACACAGCCAGAGGUGGAAUUGUCUCGAGAAAAGAUCUGCAGAGCCUUUUCAUUAGCCUAGGUCUUCAGCUCUCCAGGUCUCAGAUACGAGCUGUACUAGAAAAAGUUUGCGUUCGGGAUAAUUUUAGUUACAAACCCCUAAUUCAAACUCUCAAAGAUUUGGGGAGUGGAGUGGACAGUAUUCAAGAUCUAUCUUUGGAUUCCGCUGUGUCUAGUGAAGAACCACCUCAUGUUGCGGAUUUGGAAUCGGUAAUAGCGUCCGGUAAUCGUAAUUUAUUACCGGUUUUCGCACAGGACUCCACUUUACAACCUUCCUCCGCAGAGACAAAGGACGUUAGUGAUACAGGUUUAGUCUCAUACAAAUCCCGCAUAGUGGACGUGGGGGCGCUAGUAAACUCGGCUGCUAAAUGGCAAGCUGAGCGCGCUCGCUUGCAAACAGCGCUGGAGCAAGCGCAGGCAGCAUUAAAGGCAGCUAGAGCGACUGCAGCUUCAACGCAACAAGCGGAGCGUGGUGCUAAGAGCCAACUUAGCGAUCUAAACGCUGACCUCGCCGCUGCAAGGGCUAGGAUCACGUCGCUUAUGGCUAGUUCCAAGAUCUUCCACGCGGCACUAAAGAGCAUAAAGAGCAAAGCAGACGCAGUGGUCAACAUAAAGUAUGAAGAUGAUGACGUCGUUGAAGUCGUCAACGGACCGGCCAAAGAGGAAAAGGAAUCUGAAUCAAAACAAAAAGAAGCAAAAGUAGAGACAAAGGAAGAGGUGAAAGAUGUCAAGAAGGACAUUAUAAGUACAGAAAAUAUGGACUUAGAUGAUAAGGAAUAA